AUAGAAAUUGCAGAGCGCGGACGGAAUGAUCGUUCCGCCGCAGCUGAUCGUUUCCAGGCUGCACAGUCCAGCUCAAACCUCCAACCACCUCCACUGCCGCUGGCUGCUGCAUUAAAAUAAUAUUAAAGCAGUGGACGUCGUGAUAUUUUCCUAUUACAUUUGCACAUGACGUGCGGCGGUGGCGGCAGGCAGAACCACUAGGUGACUAAACUAGAAGAAAACAGAGGGAAAUGUCCUGGUGGCCGCGCGGUGAGGAUGGAAACGACGCCAUGCAUCAGGACACUGAUUCUGAUGUGGCCGAGCAGAGGGACGGAGGGAAGGGGAAGGUGAAGUGGACACAAGAUGAGGAUGACAAGCUCAAAACGCUGGUCCACAGUCUGGGAUCCAGUGACUGGAAACACAUAGCCAGCUUCAUCCCAAAUCACACAGAGCAGCAGUGCCAGCACCGCUGGUUUAAGGUCCUCGAUCCAGAGCUGGUCAAAGGUCCCUGGACCAAGGAGGAAGACGAGAAGGUCAUCGAGCUUGUGAAUCUCUACGGCAACAAGCAGUGGGCAAUGGUGGCCAAGCAUCUGAAGGGCCGGCUGGGGAAGCAGUGCAGAGAGCGCUGGCACAACCACCUAAACCCCAACGUGAAGAAGUCGUCAUGGACAGCCGAGGAGGACCUCAUCAUCUACAAGGCCCACCACCUGCUGGGAAACCGCUGGGCUGAGAUCGCCAAGCUGUUGCCCGGAAGGACGGACAACGCCGUCAAGAACCACUGGAACUCCACCAUCAAACGCAAGUUGGAGAUGGGCUUCUACGCCCAAGAGGUGUUCAGGCCAAACGAGGUCGAAGAGCUGUUGGCACGCCUGAAUAAAGACUCACAGGGGGGCAGCAGCUGUCAGGAUGCGUCAAGCAAAGAAAUGGAGCAGAAAGACCAGCUUCCAGAAGCGCUGGCUGCCAGUGAAGCAGAGCCAUCCGAAGCAGUUUCCUCACCGAGGGACGAUUCAGGCGUCAAGAUGGAAUUUGAUGCUGGAGAGGAAGCCAGUGGUACCAACUGGGUGGUGGACAGCUCCGGCUUCCUUUCCCCCACUGGCCCCGCCCUGAAGGAAGUGCUGGACAUGGUGGACGGGGACCUGGAUGGCUGGUGCAACCUGGCGGCCUUUGACCUUCCAGAGGACAGCUCCAGUCCCGAGCGCCACCAGUUCCGCCUGGAGGGCUCCGCCCUGCAGGAGCUAAGCAAAGGCAGCAGGGGAGAACUCAUCCCCAUCUCCCCCGGGGGGAUCAGCCCGCCGUCCAUACUGACCCGCCGCAGCCGGAGACGCGUCACACUGUCUCCAGACGGCGCACACUCCAUGACGCCCAAGAGCACUCCGGUCAAAAUCCUGCCAUUUUCUCCAUCUCAGUUCUUGAACCUGUGGACGAAGCAGGACUCUCAUGACCUGGAGAAUCCCUCCCUCACGUCCACGCCAGUGUGCAGUCAGAAGGUCAUAGUGACCACACCACUGCAGCGAGACAAGACCCCUCUCACCCAGAAGGAGAACUCGGUGUUUGUUACACCUAACCACAAAUCGGAGCUGAGCACAACCCCGCGGACGCCGACGCCAUUCAAAAAUGCCAUGGAAAAGUAUGGCCCCCUGCUGCCUCUGCCUCAGACGCCGAACCUCGAAGAUGACAUCAAUGAGGUCAUCCUGAGAGAGGCAGGCAUCAGCAUGGUCGUCGUCCAGGCAACGCCGCCUGAUCCCUGCCGCAAAACAAUGCAUCGCCCUCCUAUGAAGAAAGUUCGGAAGUCCCUGGCUCUAGACGUCAUGGACUGCCGGGUGGUGCCAACAUCCAAGCGCAAAUCCAGCAAAGCGGAGGCCAAACGCAGCAUCAAGGAAGAACCGAUGACGGUUUGUCUCAACUCCUCGUCGUUUUGCAGCAAGAGGCAUGAAAACAUAUUAGACCAGGGCUUCCUGUUGGGACCGAGCGACACGGCCUUAUUUCCCAGCACAACACCUCCUGCACCUAUGUCAAAAGAAUGGACGAAGGUUGUUUGUGGGCAAACUAAAGACCAGCUCAUAAUGACCGAGAAGGCGAGACGCUACCUCCGCUCUCUGAAGAGGCAUCCUCCAAGCCGGGCUCUGAUUCUGUCCUGAGAUCCUUCUGUCUCGCUAGAAACAAAGAAACGACAAACAAGACACCAACAGUUAAAAUGACUCAUGUUGGAGUGGCGCUAUACUUCCCAUUAUUGUUGAUCAUACUUGUUAGGAAAGAACAGUGAUUCUAAGAGUAACAAAUCAGUGAAAAGUCAGGGUUUUGUAUUGCAUAAUGUAUCUGAAAUGUAGCCAUUUUUUUUUGUUACGUGAACUACAAACACUCGGGUAAAGUUUCCAUAUCUAGACAUCUUAUGGAGAAGAUCUAGAUGUCAGUGGUAGGUUGAGGGAUCAUGUGGAUUUUAAGAUUCCCCACCCCGCGGGGAGGAACCAACAUGUUGCCAAGUUAGAGGAAUAACUCAAAGUUGGCUCACUACCUUGUUUUAUUAGGACAAAAAUAGUUCAGCCAGUUCAAUUUUUGGCAAGAGUCAUAAAGCAGAGAACUUCACUGAGCACUGUUUAAAAGGUUAAAAGGCACUCUGUAAAUAUAUUUAGGCCAAUAUGUUUUACUAUUGUGAUUGUUUGUCACAAGUUGAAUAAAAACA